AUGAAGUCUCCAAUAGCUCCUAUCCUUCUCGAGCCCCAUCUCGGCGAACUUCCAGGAAGUUCACGGAGGAUUUCUCGCAAUGAUGCAGCUACCGGAGCAUCUGCCGCAGGUGUUCGCGCUCUCAGUGCACAGAUGGUGGCCUUCUACUUCAGAGCACCGAUCAAAGCUUUCUUUCGUAUGCGGGUUGAUUAUAUGGCAUUUGCAAGAGCUGUGAACCCCCGUGUCGCCGAAGGCAAAUGGUCUCUGCAUACAACAACCCCCGGAUUAUUGCUGCACGCUGUUCGGACAUAUGGUUGGCGCUUUAUCCCGAAUCAAGUGCUUCCACCUUUGAUGGCAAAUGCAGGGGUUGGUGCUGUUCUCUACACGUCCUAUCUCCAGGUUUUGGGGGCCCUACAUGAACCUGUGGCCCAAGGGGUCAAGCGAGUCUGGCCCCCGGCUCCUCCUUCUGCAACAUUCACUGCUGGAUUUACUGCCGGCACAAUUCAGUCGAUUGUAGCCGCCCCUCUAGACGCGUUACAGGUUCGUUUUCAAACCAGUGACAUGCUGGAGGGUCAGUACCGGAGUAUGUGGCAUUAUGGCCACCACAAGCUCAAACAGAUUGGUCUCCGUGGAGUCUUCGCAGGUUGGAGCCUGUCAUUUAUGCGGGAUUCACUCGGAUAUGCUGUGUUCUUCUCCUCGUUCGAAUACAUCAAGUCACAGUCCUACUAUUCCUUCGUCACUUGGUACUAUGGCUCCCUGCAAGUCGACCACGUGGGCAUGUUUUCAUCGUCCGGGCCUAGUGAUCGCGGUGUACCACUCAUCAAGCCCCACUAUUCAUUGGAGCCCUGUUUUCUGAUGAUGGCUGGUGUUGUGGCAUCGAUUGCUCAGCAAACCAUUCAGCAUCCUCUAAGUAGGAUCCAAGACCUUCACCUAGGUCGGUUGGAAUACCUGGAUCACCAGGCCAGUUUUGUACCUUCGCGACAGAAGAUGAUACGGUUAUACUACCACGCCUACCAGGAGACCUUCAAGAGAUGCAAGCGGAAGGCUGCGCGGGCCGGGGCUGGCGCCCCUGGUUGUUCCGUGGGUUUAUUGGGAGCUCUCUUCGCCAAGUACCUAGCACCAGUGCCGGCCUCAUCAUUUUCGAAUUGGUGCGCCGCCGCUACGCAAAUCCCGCAGACGCUGUCCAUAUCCAGAGUGAUGGAUAUGACAUCCUUCUCACAUAAUGACAAAAAGGGCUGCGAGGUUCAGCCCGUCAAUACCGCCAUCAUUUCUUCGACUUCUCCCCCACGCGCCUCUAAUAUACCCCUCCAGUCCAUACCGUCUGAUUCGCGCUCGACACAUUCGGCCAAGUUAUUGGAGUCCAGCGAGAAGGGUAGCCGACGGUCUUCCCACUCGUCUGAUCGCUCGGUCGGGUCUGACUUCUCAGUCUGGUCAGAUACCGGUGAUCUCGCCGAGCAGUUCGCCGAGGCCGAAGAUCCGCUGCAAAUCCACCUUCGCAAUUCCUCGGAUCGACAGCUUUUGCGUCGGAAAGAGCGAAGGAAGCAGCCCAAACGCGUCCACUAUCCUUCAAACUUGAGCAACGAGCGUUCCGUGGUCGAUAUUGAAAAGAUCAGGAUACCAGUACCUCCCCCGCGGCAUAUUUCGAGAGUUGAACACGUUCUGGCCGCCAUAAUGACACCCAGAAAUGGGCCAAACACCCAGAUGCACGGGUUAGUGGGAAAGCCAUUACUUUACUUCACGAGUGUGUUUGUAUCAUUGGGUGUCUUUCUUUUUGGCUAUGACCAGGGUGUAAUGUCUGGCAUCAUAACUGGCUGGUACUUCAAAGAUUACUUCAACCAGCCUUCUCGGGCUACAAUUGGUACUGUGGUUGCGGUUCUUGAAAUUGGAGCAUUCAUAUCCUCGCUCCUCGUGGGACGUGUUGGUGAUAUGAUCGGCCGUCGAAGGACUAUACUCUAUGGCUCCAUUGUGUUCUUCAUUGGCGGUGCUCUCCAGACAUUUGCCACGGGAAUUCCCAUGAUGAUGGUCGGUCGUGUCAUUGCCGGUCUAGGCGUUGGUGCCCUCUCUACCAUUGUGCCAGUCUAUCAGUCUGAAAUCUCGCCUCCACACAACCGUGGGAAACUCGCAUGCAUCGAAUUCACAGGCAAUAUUGCUGGGUAUGCGACUAGUGUGUGGGUAGACUAUUUCUGUAGCUUCAUCGAUAGCGACUACUCCUGGCGCCUGCCACUCCUUUUCCAGUGUAUCAUGGGUGCCUUGCUUGGACUUGGCAGUCUGGUGAUCUGUGAAUCACCUAGAUGGCUUCUUGAUAAUGACCACGACGAGGAGGGCAUGGUGGUAAUCGCAAAUCUUUAUGGGGAAGGAGAUCUCCUUAAUGACAAGGCCCGCCAAGAAUAUCGUGAGAUCAAGAUGAACGUCCUCGUUCAGCGACAGGAGGGCGAGCGAUCUUACUCAGACAUGUUCCGCCGGUAUCGCAAACGUGUUCUGAUUGCAAUGUCGGCCCAGGCCCUAGCUCAGCUCAACGGGAUCAACGUAAUCUCAUACUAUGCACCUCUCGUGUUUGAAUCGGCCGGCUGGGUUGGACGGGAUGCCAUCCUCAUGACUGGAAUCAAUGGUAUUUCAUACUUGCUGUCCACCAUACCACCAUGGUAUCUUGUGGAUGGCUGGGGUCGGCGACCAAUUUUACUUUCGGGUGCCGUUGCCAUGCUCAUCUCGCUUUCUCUUAUCUCCUACUUUAUUUACAUUGAAAUUCCCGCCACCCCGACCCUGACGGUCAUCUUCGUUAUGGUUUAUAACGCAGCUUUCGGGGCGUCUUGGGGCCCCAUUCCAUGGUUAUAUCCCCCGGAGAUUUUGCCUUUGAGUAUUCGUGCCAAAGGUGCAAGUUUGAGCACCGCUUCAAAUUGGGCAUUCAAUUGGCUCGUGGGCGAGGUGACCCCUGUUCUUCAGGAAGUUAUCAAGUGGCGGCUAUAUCUGGUCCAUGCUUUCUUUUGUGCAUGCAGUUUUGUGCUUGUUUAUUUCUUGUACCCCGAAACGAGUGGGGUUCGCCUCGAAGAUAUGAACGAUCUUUUUGGCGAUGCUUCUACCGCCAUGCCGACGCCGGCCACUCAGGGCGAACGAGGAUCGCUAAUGGGUGCUGGUUCACCCGUCCCAUCGCUCGAUCUGCGUCGACAGUAUGGUCAAUUUGGGGCGGAGAGUUCCAUCCCUGGUCUGAGAUAUCGAUCCGCCGACUUCGAGCCAUGA